CAAUAUUUUUAACACCUAACAGCAUCUCAUGGAAGUAGCGGAUGUAAAGCUGAUUGCCAAAUUUUGAGCCGUAACAUUGUAAGAAAUGUACGAAAAUAAGUAACGAGAAUUGAAGAUUCGAACGGUUGUAACUGAAUGAAUGUGUUGCUCUCUCCGUGAUCUCAUUAUAACCUUGUUCAGCUGCAAAUCUCUCCAGACGCCUCUGACGGAAGCAUGGCAAGCACAAAGCGCAACAGAAACUACAAUCCUACCAAAAGCACCACUUACCACAACAACGACAGCAUGAAGGAUUGCGCCACACAAAAGGACAAGCUUCUUUUUGAAGAACGCGAAAUGCCAAAGGGUCUUCGAGAACCCUUCAUCAAGUCGGGAUAUAGAAGAGCUUACAGUACACCUUGGCAGUGUUUCAAGAGCCUUUUCUACCUAAACAAUGAGAGCUUUAACGUGUGGAGCCACAUUUUAACAACAUGUUACUUUUUGGUGCGUUAUGGAACGGCCGCCGCCACUCAGUGCAACUCGUUGCUAGAUCCUUUCAAUUUACCUCUCUUUGCCUCUGCCUUUGGAACUCUAAUACUUUACUCCACAAGCUCCGUUGCGCAUCUUCUCAACUCUAUGUCUGAGCGAGGAUACAAAAUCUGCUUCUUCUUUGACUACGCCGCCGUAAGCCUGUACACAUUUACCUCGAGCCAAGCAAUGUUCUUCUACGUUCGGCCAAUGAACACACAGUGUAUAAUCUUUGAGUCGCCAUCUUUGUACCUGUGUUUAGCGGCACUCUUUUCGUUUCUUGUGACGUACGGUUGCUGUAAGACUGAUGCUGCAGUCAACAAGUUCAGUACCCUUCUCCGUGCUUUACCUGCCCUCGUUGCCUGGGUUUUCAGCACUCUGCCAUUUACAGCUGGCGUGACGCUAUGCAGCUGUCACGCAACAAACUCAUCGUGUAGAGCUUUGUCUGCCUGUAGUAGCGAGUCUGUCAGUUACUAUCUCCGUCACGUAUUUUGCACAACUCUCGCGGGCUUCAUGUACAGCAGUAGGUUACCUGAACGACUUUUUCCCGGGAGGUUUGAUCUCAUUGGUAACAGCCACCACUUCCUGCACCUUUGCGUUGCCCUGGCAACGGAAUAUGCGUUCAAAAUCUUGGACCUUAAUGUCAGCUAUCUGAAGAAAGAGCACUUGUUGGAGGAAACAACUGCCUAUGUCUCGCUUAUCAACACCAUGGGUGUGGCCAUAUUGGUGAUGUUUAUAAACACUGGAAUUUCUGUCUGGUUUGCAAAGAACCUUAAGGUUAAGGAGAGUGUUUAGAAGAAUUACACUCAAUACAUAAAACAUUCCAGCCUCCUGCCCAGACGCUCUUUGGCUUCGUCACGCGAUCUUCAGGAGACAGAUUGCGUGACUAGCGUAACGAACCUCUGCCUAGAAGACUAUUAAGGCUGUGGCGUCGUCUGAAAUUUUCUCCAGCUUCAAAAUAAUAAUUCAGUAAAUCACAGUUUAAGGGUUAUUUUGUAAUUAUAGCUAAUAAAGAUUUGGAACGAUUAGAAUGCAUAAAAUCUAUAUUUCUUCGUGAAAUUCAAUAAACUAAGGCCCGCUCCAAACGCCGCUCUAUUCAUGCGCCGAACCUAACUGAUGAGUUAAGUACGGCAAAAGAGCGGCGUUUGAAUCAGUUUGGUUCGGCAGGUUA